CAACCAAUUCACCGUUGCUUCUUUCUUGGUUAACUUAUCUUACAAAACACAAACGUAAAAAGAAGUUAACAUUUCGCAAUAUGGCAGAAGUUCAACAACCCGCUUACGACAUGAUCAUCUUUGGAGAAACUGGUUUUGCAGGCAAGUAUAUAAUCCGAGAAGCCCUCAAGUUUCUCGGUACACAAAGCUCGCCCUUAAAAACUUUGGCAUUAGCCGGUCGAAGCUAUUCGAAACUCUCUGAGGCCCUAAAAUGGGCUUCCAAUUCGACAUCUCACUCUACCAUCCCCCUCCUCAUCGCUGACACAUCUGACCCACACUCUCUCCUACACAUGGCCUCACAAGCUAAGCUCGUGCUCAACUGUGUUGGCCCUUUUCUCCUGCAUGGUGACCCUGUGGUUGCUGCAUGUGUCGAAGCGGGCUGCGAUUACUUGGAUAUUUGUGCUGAAACGGAGUUUAUGGAGACUAUGGAAGUUGUUUACCAUGAGAAGGCGGUUAAGAAGGGUAGUUUGGUGGUUUCGGCUUGUGGGUUUGAUUCGAUUCCGGCUGAAUUGGGGUACUUGUUCAACUCCAGGCAGUGGGUUUCUCCGGCUGUGCCGAAUCAGGUUGAAACUUACUUGAGUCUUGAAUCAGAAAAAAAGGUGGUGGUUAAUUUUGGGACGCUUGAGAGUUUGGUUUGGAGAGAAGUUUAUGAUAAUAAGUUGGUGGAGUUGCAUGGGCCAAGACCGAAAAGGACACUACCACAAAUACCUGGUUCUGAAGGAUCACUCAUAGAGCAUCAAAAAAAGAUCGGACUUUGGGCCAUGAAACUCCCAUCCGCUGAUGCCACUGUUGUUAGAAGAACCCUCUCCAUGCUUAUAGAUAACCCCACUGGUCUUCAAGGAGUCGAUGAAACUCCAAAACAAGCAGAGAAACGUGUUGCUUAUUGGUCGAAAAUCAAACUUGUUCAUUUUGGAGUAAAGAUUGCCACUAAGAGUCUUAUAGGAAUCCUCAUUAUCAUUGCAUCUGGGUUGUCAAUUGGGCUGUUAGGAAGGUUCACUAUCUCGAAGUGGCUCUUGAUAAAUUUCCCAUCGGUUUUCAGUCUAGGGGUUUUCAGGAAGAAUAGUCCAACUGAGGACGAAAUAGUCAGUGCAAGCUUUAAGAUGUGGUUCGUGAGCUGUGGGUCAAGUGGUGCGAACAAAAAGCUUGAUACAGAGAUUAUAACGAGAGUUAUGGGGCCGGAUAUUGCGUACGUGACAACUUCGAUUAUUUUUGUUCAAUGUGCACUCACUAUUUUGAGGCAACGAGGAGAUCUGUAGAAAGGUGGUGUCUUUCCUCCAGGGUUUGUUUUCGGUCCAACUGAUCUUCAAGAUCGACUUCAGGAGAAUGGGGUUUCGUUUGAUGUGAUUUCAAAGGGUGACAUCUCUACGUAAAUCGAUAUAAUUCACACGGGAGGUUAAAGAUAAAGAGUUUGAUGUUGUAGUAAUUAAAUGAAUAAAUGUUUAGGUUAUACCUCUUUACGAUGUUUAAAAGUUAUAACAUGAAAAAGGAAUUUAUCUAUACUA